UAGCUGUGUCAGCGUGUUAUGAUGCCGUCUCGUACCAACCUGGCUACUGGAAUCCCCAGUAGUAAAGUGAAAUACUCAAGGCUCUCCAGCACAGACGAUGGCUACAUUGACCUUCAGGGAGAAACUAACUGCUAAAGCCAGCAGAUUGUGGGAAUCUUCCUUCUUCCCUGAUGUCAUGAGAUCCAAUUUAUUAAAGUUUAAGAAGAGCCCUCCUAAGAUCCCAUAUAAGGCCAUUGCACUUGCUACGGUGCUGUUUUUGAUUGGCGCUUUUCUCAUUAUCAUAGGCUCCCUCCUGUUGGCAGGCUAUAUCAGCAAAGGGGGGGCAGACCGGGCCGUUCCUGUCCUGAUCAUUGGUAUCCUGGUGUUCCUGCCAGGAUUUUACCACCUGCGCAUCGCCUACUAUGCAUCCAAAGGCUACCGGGGUUACUCCUACGAUGACAUUCCAGAUUUUGAUGACUAGCGCCUGCCGUCAACCCUGAGGAGAAGAGUCACAGAUGGGACUGAGACCAGCUUUAAGAUACUGAGCAGAAACUGUGGUUAAGGGCUAAAGAAUUCUGCAAGUUGCAGACGUUCAACAAAAGAAUGGCCAGAUUUUAUGGGUCCAUCCUCAGGAUGUCAACUGAGCUUACAGUUACCAAUUAACUAAUUAGGGCAUGCUCUGUUUUUCGUCUCCUGGCCCUAGCAAAAGCUGACAAGUUUUUCCACACGAAUAUGUGUCUUGGAAGGGUGGCAGUGUUCGUGGUGUGGGAAAGCAGGAGGUUAUUCUGUAGUGGGAAGAGUUACUGCUACCAUCCUUUUUAGCUUUCAGCAUUUCUUUUACAUAGUCUUCGUUGUCGGUUUGUUCCGGUGGCAAAUGGAAGAAUUCAGUGUCUCAGACUUCCUGUUACUAGUAAUUUAUUUUGAAAACAUUGAAGUAUCUUAUCCCUACACUCAUCUCUAACUUUGUGUUCUAGUGGAAGAUCUUGGCAAAAUCAAGUGUCAGCAUGGGUGCAGUUUUACUUGGUUUCUUAUUAGCAGCAGCCAGGACUUUUUAAAAUCUCAGAUCAAGUUUCCAAAAGGUAGACACUUGCUCUGUUCAUCCAUCCUUAGCUCUGAUUUGGCCUACCAGUAAGCUGGCCAGCAUAUAAUUUGGGUCAUUCUGUUCUUUGUAGAUCAAGGUGUUCUGUAUACCAUGCCUUUAAGGACUGAACUUUUGGCUGUUUCCUAAGGAAGAGGUACAGAUAAGUGGUUAUCAUUUAGAGAUUAUAAGCCCGUUGUUAGCAGGUUAUAUUAUGAUGUCAUUCUGCUGAAGAUCCCAAGACUCGACCUGGGUCCCUAGAGGACUAUAGACUGCCUUAGUUUGAUUCUGUUUCCUAGCUUGCAAAAAGUGACAUAAUCAAAAGAAAUUAAAAUGCCAAUAUCUAAAUCCUAGACUUAAAACGUUACUUUUAAGUGUAUUUCAGAAAACAUUAAAAAAAAAAUUGUUUUUAAUGUUUAUUUCCUGAGAGAGAGACAGUGCAACCAGGGGAGGGGCAGAGAGAAAGGGAGACCCAGAAUCCAAAGCAGGCUUCAGGCUCUGAGCUGUCAGCACAGAGCCUGACGCAGGGCUCAGACCCACCAGCCUUGAGAUCAUGACCUGAGCUGAAGUCUGACACCCAAUUGACUGAGCCACCCAGGCACCCCUUACUUCAGAAAACAGUUUAAUGAUUGUAUGUCCCCCUUUUUUCUUUCUUUCUUUUUCUUUCUUUCUUUCUUUCUUUCUUUCUUUCUUUCUUUCUUUCUUUCUUUCUUUCUUUCUUUUUUGGUUUCACGUGUAAAAUUUAGUGAUUCAUCACUUGUAUAUAACAACCAGCGCUCAUCCUAGCAAGUACCCUCCUUAAUGGCCAUCACCCAUUUAGUCCAUCCCCCCAACUACCUCCCCUCCAGCAACCCUCAGUUUGUUCUCUAUAUUUAAGAGUCUCUUACGGUUUGCCUCCCUGUUUUUAUCUUAUUUUCCCCUUCCCUUCCCCCAUGUUCAUCUGUUUUUUUUCUUAAAUCCUACAUGAGUGAAAUCAUCUGAUACUUGCCUUUCUCUGACUGACUGAUUUUGCUUAGCAUAAUACCCUUUAGUUCAGUGAUUAUAUAUUUUUGAUCCCAGUACCCAGGGCCAUCUUCAUUUUUAGAUAACUGGCAUUGUGGGUCGGACUGCUUCUCAGUUGUCCUUUUACCACAAGCUUAUGGACGUGGGUGACUAGCAGCCUGGAAGUGCCAUCAACUGAGAUUUGGAGGGCUGUGGGUGGAACAGGUCUAUUGGGGAAGAUGAAUUCAGUUUGGGAUGUGUUCAAUUUUACAUGUGUACUCUCCAUCCACAUGGAACUGUUGAAUAGGCAAUUGCAAACCAUGGAUCUGGAGUUCAGGAGGGAGACUAGGCCAGAGACAGAAAGUGAGUAGUCACUGUUGGAACAGUAUCUAAAAGCUCGGUGAUACUAUCCACAGAGCAAAGUGCACAUGGGGAAGGAAAAAAAAAAAAAACCUAGGGCACAGAAAACGGACAAA